GGAGAGAGCAGUGGGAGAGGGGCAAGAAGAAGGGUUUGCUUCCAACAGUGUAUGUGGAGCUCAUAGAGUAACAUGUUCUGUUCACAAUGACUGGUUUUUAAAAACGAGAAGCAAGAAUUUGGCAAAUCAAGAUUCAAAAUGCAUUGGGUCGUUGCUACCUGGUUAAUCGCAUCUCUCCUUGGCCUUGGAAUGGGGCAUAAUACUUUAUUUGAAGGAUAUGACCGGACUCUGUCAGGUUAUCAUCUGUGUAACGUGACUGAGCAUGUUUCGGUGACCAAUGUGAUUUCCUAUCCAACCUCAUACACCCAGAGGAGACCUUGUGGUGGGUGGCUGCCAUGGGCAAUGUGUGAUGUCAUGGUUUAUAAGACAGAAUACAAAACACAGGUGUAUAACAUGUCCAAACAGGUCAUGAAAUGCUGUCAUGGCUACGAACAAGUUGGGAGUUACUGUGCCUUGUCCUUGAACCGAAGUGCAGAAUUCACAUCUAAGCCAGGACUGUGUCCCUCAACAAGUGUGACAAGGUCUCUGUGGAAUAAUUCAAACUCUUCUGGCUCUAUGUGCAAGUGGGACAUAGAUUGUUCUCAGUGGCAAAAAUGCUGUCAGACAGAAAACAUCUAUCAGUGCUCAUACCCAGUACCACCAGCCUACAGAACCUGCUUCAAUGUGACAAUAACAGUUAAGACAAGCUUUCAGCUAGUAACUAUGGACGAAGGACUCUUCAACCACACCAGACUACUGCACUCCGUGGUAACUGGCGCUCUGGGAACUGCUGAAAUUUCUGUGCAUCAUGUCCGGUCAUGGUCAGCAGGGCCCUUCACAACCUCUUCAUCACUGCUGGUUUGUUCUUCUAAUGUCUACUUUCUAGAAGAUAUCUCUACAAGACUGCGUCUGUUGGGAAACAUUGAGGAGGUGACUAGUGUGGAUGUCCAAGCCCCCAGUGUCACUGUGCGACCUUUCAUGAACAACACUACUCCAUCCUCGAUUACUCGCCCCCCGCCAGGUAAUAGAACUAUCACUGAUGGAGAACAAACGAGUCCCAUCCCCUCUGGUCCAUUCUGGACAUCCACUGUUGAUCCCUCUUCACGUUCAAACAAUCCUUCCAUCAGCCUACCACCUUCUACAUGUGACUACAUACCUGAGAUCACCAGUCUGUUCGCUUAUGACGUAAAUGCAUCAACCUUUCAUGUGGCAUGGACCACCAACAACCAAACUGGGAUCACUUUCCACCUGCUUCUGCUACAAGGGAACAUUGUGCUGGAAAACAUAUCGCAUGUGGGGAACUUUUCCUGGAUGUUCAAUAUCCUGAAUCCUGCGGUUCUUUAUACUGUACGUGUCACUCCAUUUGUCUGUGGUAACCAGGGAAACUCCAAGGAGAUCACAGUGAGAACAGAUGGACAGUCGCUUCUAGCUACGGCUCGUUUGACAAACAUGAACUAUACAAAGGCCUUGAGUGACCCAAACAGUGAUGCAUAUAAGGAGUUCUGUAGAAGUGUCAUAGUUGAGAUUCUUUUGUACUUGCCUCCAGAGACCCGUGCACUAGUCAACUCUAGUCAGGUCAUCAUCCAGAUAACAUCCCUCUCAGCUGGCAGUGUAAUCGUGCACUUUUCCAUCAUUUUUCAACCCAGCAGCAACCUGACCAUGUCUAGCAUGUCCAGAGAUUUUAUUGCGUCUCUACAGAAAAGCACUACGUACACAGUAGACAGUAUAUACACAGAAGAUUUAAAUGAGUGUUUGGCAGCUGAGGCGGACUGCUCUCCGUGGGCUUCCUGUGAAAACACGAAUGGCUCAUACACCUGUGCCUGUUGGUCUGGAUACACAGAUUUGAGCCCCAGUAGACCAGGACGCAGCUGUGCAGCUUCACCUAACGCCACAACCAUUAAUCCCACCAAAAACUAUCCUGGAGUAUCUUCAAAUUCCACUGGCACGGACACUACAACAUCUAUUACAAAAACUACGUUUGGAAACCCAUCUAUGUACAGUACAGUGAGCACAACUCAUGUUCAGAACAUCACCAAAACAACAGUGUCUUCGACUUCCACGACUACCAGACUCACAACAAUGCCGGCAAACAUUACUACAACAAUACUCACACCCAUGACAUCACAUACUACAGCAGGCCCUUUGAUCGCAUAUGUAGCUGUUGAGUGCAGCCCAGGGUAUAUAUCAGUCUUCAUAAGGCGACACAUCUUCAUGGCCUACAGCAUCCUAGAGACUGCCCUGUACCUUGGCAAACCAGAAUGUGUUCUCAACGGAAGAAAUGAAUCCCAUGUGUGGGUCACUACAGCUUGGGAUAAGUGUGGUAUUAAACUAGUGCAUAACAGCACCCAUAAUUCAUUCAAUGUGACUCUAUACAACAAUGUGUCUGUGGCUUCUAAUGUGCAUCUAGAAGUUCCCAUCAUCUGCACUUACCCCAGUCGCAUCACCAUCUCCACGGGAUACGACCCUCCAGGGUAUUUUAAUAUGAUCAAUGACCCAGUGGCAGGAUUGGGUAGCUUCCAGGUUACAGUGCGUCUGCUGAAUGGGACGUCUCCAUUACCUGAGAAUUCCGCCUUAUACCCUGAUGAUGAGGUCAUCGUUGAGGUUGCGAUCAACACUAGUAUCUCCCAAAUCAAAGUUGUCAUCAGCAAGUGCUGGGCCACUUCAAGCAACAACUCAUCAGAGUCACCCAGCCAUCUGUUUCUGCUGGAUGGAUGUGCAGUGGCAGACUACACAACUGUUCUUCAGAACGGAAACAGCACCGUGUCUUUGCUGUCAGUGCAGAUCUUCUCAUUGGUGAAUCUGGACGUCAUCUACCUGCACUGCCAGAUCCAGAUCUGUGUUGAAAUUCAGGAAAACACCUGCAGACCUGACUGUAUGGGGAGGGCAUACAGGGCUUCCAACUUAAUUGGAUUGACAAAGGCUUCCGUUGGACCCUUAAACAGAUUACAUAAAGCAUCGCCCCAAACGGAUACAUCAGAUACUCUGCAGACUAUUGGAUUUGUUCUACUUGGCGUUGGUGUGUUUCUAUUUUCCCUGGCUGCCAUCGCAGGAUUGGUGUAUCACAAAAGGAAAAUCGGGGUCUACAACUUUAAUUUCAAACCACAGCAGGAGAACUUCAGCUAUAAUGUUUUUAGCACGUAACUGCUCUGUAACCGUAAACUGAGGUAUAAUGUUAUUAUUGG